UAGCAAGCUUUGGAAGAUGAAGGAUGAGAUCCCAGAAGGAGAUGUAUUACUGCAUGCUGGUGAUUUCACCAAUGUAGGUUGGCCAGGAGAAGUCAAAGAACUAAACGACAUUUUAGGACAGCUACCUCACAAACACAAAAUAGUUAUAGCCGGAAAUCAUGAUUUAACUUUUGAUGAUGAGAUGCUGCAGAAUGAUCCAGAGGCCUUUGAAAAGUUUGGCCUCAAUUUGGAAAAGGUCAAAACUGAUUUGACCUCAGUAGGGGUCAACAGUGCCAAAGAACUCCUGACAAACUGUCUGUAUCUGGAGGAUGCUUGUGUUGAAUUGUAUGGCAUCAAGAUCCAUGGAUCUCCAUGGCAGCCAGAGUUCUGUGAUUGGGGUUUCAAUUUACCCAGAGGCCAGCCAUGUUUAUCAAAGUGGGACCUUAUACCGUGUGACACAGACAUUCUGAUAACACAUGGACCACCUUUAGAAAUAGCCAGGAGAUUACAAAUUCCCCGGUCUACAAUAACAUCUGUAGUUGACCGCUAUCGCAAGCGGGGAAGUGUAGAAAACAUUCCGAGGAAAGGGAAGCAGGCAAAGCUGAGCGACAGAGACAGUCGCAGCAUUUUAAGGUUGGUGAAAAAAACAGAAAGAGAAAAUUAUCAGAUAUAA